AUUCCAUACCGAGGGAGGAAGAGAACAAAAUAGAUUCCGAUACUGAAAGGUAUUAAGGUGUAGGAGCCAGGAGGCGUAAAACGAUGGAGUGGUGUAAUUGGAAUGAGGAGGAAGGAAGGAGGUAAGUAGGGAAGGGAAAAUGUCAGAGUUGGUGGCUCGGACCGGCCGCCAUCAGCAGCGCUACGAGGACGGUCACCGCCUCGUCGCCGGGUGUAUUCCUUUCAAGUACACAAAUUGUGGUGGAAAUGGUGAUCGAGAGGAUGUGAAGGUACUGAUGAUCAACUCACCCGCUCGACCUGGCCUUCUCUUUCCAAAGGGUGGGUGGGAAAAUGAUGAGACAGUUGAGGAGGCAGCAAAACGUGAAGCUUUAGAAGAGGCUGGAGUUCGUGGGGAUUUGAUGCAUUUUCUGGGGUACUACUUUUUUAAGAGCAAAACCCUGCAAGACGAGUUCAGUCCAGAAGGUUUAUGCAAAGCUGCCAUGUUUGCUCUGCUUGUGAGGGAGGAGCUCCAGUCUUGGCCAGAACAGAGCAUUCGUGAGAGAAGUUGGCUAACGAUCCCUGAAGCAAAGGAGCAUUGCCAGCACCUGUGGAUGAGAGAGGCCCUUGGGGAAGGUUUCUCAAAUUGGCAUGAACAUCAAAUACAAAGCAAUUCAAAGCAAGAGAACCACCUUUUUUCGACCCCGGAUGAGGAGAAUUGAUGAAGGAAGGCACCUCUCUGAUGCUGAUUUUGCUGCCUUUUCUUUUUCAAAGCUAGAUGUUUGGCUUUUUUAGGUGUUAAAGUUUAUCAGGAAUUUGUGUUUUUUUUUUUUUUCUUUUCUUUUCUCCUUUUUUUCUGAUGUUCCUUUCUUCAUUUACUUGCUCUCAUGUUGCUCACUUUGUUUAUAUUGAUAGACAAAAAGGGGGAAGAAAAUGCAAAA